UCUGUAAAUGGUCACAUAUGUUUUCGGUCGCCAAGUAUUGCUUGUAAUUAUUAUAUUGCCAGGAUAGUGUGAAAAGUAUGAAUAAUAUUGAAGAGGACACCGAGGCGGCCUUCAAACGGCUCCAGGCCGUCAUUCCCCAAGUGAAGCAGGCCUACGAGGAAGCCAUUGGACAGAUCUUCUCGGAUUUAAACUCCUCAGAUCUUGAGUCGUGUGCCUCCAUCCUCGAGGAACACGAAUCAACAAGCCUGGACACAGAGCAAAUAGUCAGCAGCACCCGGCGGCUCAUGACCAAGAUCGUCCUCGAUGUGAACCAGUCCUUCUUCUCCGGCAACGACGUGGAGACCAAGCUGACGACGCUGGAAAUGCUCAAGGAGCAGUUUGCCGCCCACGAGGGCAAAAACUGGAACUUCAACAGUCUGUCCCCUGAGGAACUCACUCGCCCGCUGCGCAUGCACAACUUGAAUCUAAGCAUCACAUUCAUGGAGCAACAACUUAAGAUACAGGAAAAGGAACUCGAGAUUGCUAUGGCCAAAAGCAUUAAAAAUCGACAGCUUAUACAUGAUGUCCACGCUGAACGUGUGAAAGUGGGAUGUAUGAUGAAGCAGCAUAUGGCAGAGUAUCAGGCCAUAAAGCCACAACUAAUGGAAAUGGAACGGCUAAUAAAUGAUUCAUAUUUGUAGGAAGAAAUAUAAUUUAUAAAAGAAGCA